AUGGGUCAUAAGCACUUCAUCGAACAGAAGUUCAUCAAUGCCUCGCCACCAGUAUCAAUCUCUCCGCAUUCUCUGUCGUCCCUCCUUGCUGCUAUUAUGACUUGGCCGACUUCGGCCCGGUAAUUAGCUGCCUGUUUGUGACCUUUGUUACCCAUACGGAGCUUGUUUGCUUCGGGAAGCCAGUGGAUUGGUGUGCGAUCAUUCCUCAGUGAAUGUAUAUAUAUAUAUAUACUGGAAGAUGGGCAUCCCAAGAAACAAUUCGAAGAAGAAUGAGUCCUUUGGGAAAAUGAACAAACUUUAUUUCGUAAAUUUUCGAGUCCGGUUCCCCAGCUCGUCUUCAGACGUGUAGUAAGUAUGAAGAAACAGUCAAAAUUUAAACAAUGCCGAAAAAAUCGAUAUUGCUCUGUCAUGGCUGAGGAUGGGUUAAUGCUCUGGACUGAUGUCACGCCUUGAUUGGUUAUUGCCUUUUCCAUUUUUCUGAGAUUUGUGUACAUGGUAUCAAGGUCGAUGCGUCGAUUGAUGCAUGAAUCAUCAGAGUGAAUGGCCUCUAGGAAUUCUCGGCCUUUCUUAUAUGGGCAGGAACCGACAAUGCGUGUUUUAUCCCAAGCGAAUUUGUGCCCAGUUUCAAGAGUAUGCAUGGCGACUUGGGAUAAGUGGUCCCGCCUCUUCACUGCCAAUUGGUGUUCAUUUAGGCGUGUAUAUAUAUAGGUAUAUAUAUAUGUAUAUACAAUCAUGGUUCCCGAGAUCGCCUCUUCUUCUCAUAUGUAUAUAUAUAUAUAACGUUAGGGGGCGCUCACCGAUCGUUCAUACGGAACUCACUCGUUACGUUGUGCCUUAAGGGCUCUCUCUCGAGCCCAACCAGCAGCGGCGCAUGUCUUUGUCGGUAAUAUCAUUCUGCCUAUAUAUCAUGCGCCGCUGCGCGGCUGCUGGUUGAGCUCGAGAGAGAGCCCUUAAGGCACAACGGAACGAGUGAGUUCCGUAUGAACGAUCGGUGAGCGCCCCCUAACAUUGUAUAUUCCCGAUCGAAAACCGACAGGGCAACGGGCUCGUGGCCCGGUGAGUAGAGGGGUUGACUUCUAAACCAACAGGUCGCGAGUUCGAGGUUCGGGUGUUCCACACUUCGGGCUUGGGUAUGGCUGGCUGACGACGGUUAAUAAGCCAGAAAUGGCCAUUCCAGUCUCCCUUGUCUUUGUCGGUAAUAUCAUUCUGCAUGUAUAUAUAUGUAUAUGUAUGUAUAUAUAUAGAUAAACUGUCUGUAAACUGCUAAAUGGAAACAGCGUGCCGAGCAUAUAAGACUCAGGGAGUGUCACCGAAACUUUCCAAAACUCCUGACAAAUAGCUCAUUUUACAGAUCCAUUUUCGACCAAUUAAAUGCUUCACAUUCCGGUUAUAUCUUCGAUAUGAACUCGAAAUGUUGAAUUUAUUUUAGGCAACAGAGAACAAAAUCGCCUCUGUAAUCACCAUCCUGUAAUUUUAUGCCUGUUUCUAAUUUCUCUAGCAAAAAGUCUGGGAUGAUGAUUUCGGCGAACACCCACUCAGAUUUACCAGUUAAAAACUGGGUGCUGUACAAAUAUUCAGCAAAUGCUAUUUUUUAGAUUUUCACUUCCAGGCUUUCUUGGAAACAUUAGAAAUAGCAUUCGUUUUGCUCAGUUUUGGUAAAACAUUGGCUGAUGCAGUCUUUCGUUAUUUAUUACAUAACCGACGUCAAAUGGCUGGUGUACGCCUGAUCUCUUUGAAUAUUCCGCGAAACGUUUUUACUAAGAAAAGAAGUUGACAUCAGACGUUUAGACCGAUCUACUUGACUCUCAAACAGUGUACAAGCGGAAAAAAUCACUGUAGAUGAUUUAUUUUCAAGUUUAAGUAUUCAAGCUACCUAUGAAAAAUAAAUGUACGCACUUUCUAGAGUAGUGAAUUCAAUGUUAAAGGAAGACCUGUCAUUCCUGAUUCUUAUUCUGUAUAUUGACACCGGCAGUUAGAAAAACCUUCUAGGUAAAAGAACUGGCUAUCAUUACAAAUCAUGCACCUAAUAGACGUUCACAACAACAAUUAAAUUAGUAGGAUUUCUAACAGAACAUGGAUUAAGGAUAUAGUCAUACGUCAAUAGAUUAUAUAUUGGAGGUUCAGCUCGUUGUAAUCCAUUUACGAUUCUGAUUUUUAAAAAAAUAUUUUGUUAUACCUAAGGACAUGUAUUAAAUAUUGUCACCAGGUUGCUCAGAAGUCUGACAAUUUUUUUAUUAUUUACACUACAUAAAACCAACAUUUUAACAAACAUGCUUACAGUCCUGAUGAGGAGAGACUUUUGUUUGUUUCCUCAAAUCUCGAGUACGUCAUUGUGAAUGAUUCAGCAGGACAAGCGAAAAAUUCUGCUCGCCUUUGUAUGUUGACCUCAGCCAAACUUAACAAUGUUCACAUCAACAAGGCCUGCAACAAUAGAUGCGCAGAGUGUUAGACCGUUCGGGACAAGGUUGACUGCUUCAGUAACAGUUAGUAAUUAAGUAGUUAUCACUGUAACCAAAUUUUCACUCUCAAUAGGUGCAUAUAUCUUUGCCCAACGUUUCUGCUACGGGAUCAGGCGGAUACUCUAGGCACCUUUCUCCCCCAGAUCAGAAGAUCAAACGUCAUAUGGCGGAUUGCAUGAGAAAAUAAGCCAGGAUGUUCACAAUUAGGGCAAAAUCAAUAUUAUCAAGUGUCCAUAUGUUCUUGCUUUGAGACAGGUCCAAUCUGUUGAUUGACUGGCAUGUGCCUUUUUCGCAUUUACACACGCUAUCUACUAAGCUAAUGUUGUCUCAGAUAUGGGGAUGUUUGUGCAUCAACUGAUCCAACUUGAGCAGUUCCAAGAAGUCAGGUAAAUUAUCUGUAGAUGAGAUAUUUUUGAUAUAUUUGCUUCUAGAAAGUAAUACUGUGGUCGACUUUUAUUACUGAAAGAUUUCCUGCUAGCCAAAAGCUAGUACCUGUGCUGUUAGUAUGGUAUCACCUUACCCUACAGUAUACUACUAGUUGCCUGUCGGCAGUUAAGGAAUAUUACGUGGUUACCUGCCGUGGCUGAUUGACUUUGGCCCAAAUAUUCGGGUAUAAAAUUCUCGGUCUGAGCCUAUAGACCUUGAAUAAACUGCACUACUCCAACUUCGUAGAUAAUUUCUCAGGAAAUUAAAAAGCGACAAUACUUAAGCCAAAGACAGCCUUAUUAUUCUCCUAUCCACCAAGGCCGUAUCCGACUUCAUUAAAUUUAAUGUUAUCCAAACUGAGAACUUUAAUAAGAAAAUAACCCAGCAUUAUCGGGCAAAACAUUCAUAAAGCACAAGGUUGUUAGAACGCACAAAAUAUUUAGAUUUCAAAUGCAGAAGUGCUUCAUUUGCUCUUAUUAUUAAGAUGAUUUUUCGUUGCUGCAAGGUCGUAGAAGGACCUUAUUUCAUUUGUAUCAGGAAGACCUAUAUUAAAUUAACCUUGUCCCUGACUUGUGGAUUUGAAAGAGGUCCUAUUGGCCAAAAGUCCCCAGGGCUUGCUGACGUCGCUGAAAUAACUGGCCAAGAAGUAUUUGAGACUCGCAUUGCUCUUCAUAUUCAUAUCACAUGAUCAAAAACACACAAGAGAUGGCUAUAAAUUUCUAAACUGGCCUUCUAAUAAAAUAAACUAAUCUUGUUGCAUUUAUGAAUGUCAGGCAUUUCUUGGAGGUGGUUUCUAUACCUGGAUAUUCAGUAAAUUCUGGUAGAAAAUUUCCGACUUGUGUUGAUGGUGGCAGUCGUUACUUUAUCACUAUUGAAGGUGUUUUUGUGUCGUUCUUAAACGUUUACAACAAUUAAGCUAGCUUCAAAGUAUAAAGUUACCUCAAAAACGUCUUUGUCUUGAAAUUCACAAUUUGCAGUGUUCUGUUUUUUGCGGACAGAAGCAAACAGCGAGUUCCUGAAAGCAGUUCAGAAUGAGAUUAUACGAUUGCUGAAGCAAGAAGUUUAUUGGUCUGGCGUUUCGGAUUUUCACUCGAAAUCAUCAACAGAGACAGCCGCAGAUAAGUGUACUGGAAGCACAAUGAAUGCCGUAUCCAUAGGAGGCAGUUGCUAUGACGACGCAUGCUUAAAAUAACUAACAAUAUCCACAUGAAGAAGGAGACACGAUCGCUGGGAGAACUUUACUCGUCUAACGUUUCGGAUUCUUGCUCGAACCCAGCAUCAGAGACAGUAGCAGAUACGGUCUCUGAUGAUUAGUUUGAGUAGGGGUCCGAAACGUCAGACGAAUAAAGUUUUUGUCCCAGCAAUCGUGCCUCCUCGGCUGCUUUCUGGGAUUCGUAUCUUCGCUUCGCCACGUUCAUCGCUGAGACCUGCACCUGACGUGAUAGUAGCUUGUUAGUCCGUACCCCGCUGCAAACCACCGUGAUUUCAUUGUCAUGGUUGGCUUUUGAUGUGAUUAAAACUCAGCCAUUUAGCUCCCCCAUUGUCUCUGCGUGAAUAAUUGCUUUGUUUAGGAAUGACGCAAGCUCUUGGGUUGCGGCCCUAUCCACAAGUGCGAAGGAGGGUGGGGUGACGAACAAAUUGCCUAGUCGGUAUCACGAUAAUAACCCACAGCGGUGACUACAUUUCGGUAAUUAACGACUCGGUUGCGGAAUAACAAACCAUCGAUAGAAGCGAACAGACCAGUUACAGGAAGCAGACCUUUAUCUGCAACCGUCUCUGAUGAUGGAUUUGAGUGAAAAUCCCAAACGUCAGGCCAAUAAACGGCAAGAUGUGGUUUGGUAGCCCCACCUGAUGGACACAAUACGGCUAGAGAUGGGGUUUAAGCGUUAGGGUCAGGGAUUAGGCUUAUGGGUUAUGGUUAGGGGAUAGGGUUGGGGUUACUGGUUAAAGCAACUAUUUCUCAAUCAUUCACGGUAAAACUGCGCAUUCUAAAUAGCUUUCCUUCUGCAUUCAAUUACUUGACCUCGUCGCUUGUGCGUUCCCGGACCCACCUGUAAAAACCUCUAUUACCACCGGUCACGCACUAGAGGUAAUUGGGGUUUAUUCACUUCAGGUGGAGCUAAAUAAACACAUCCAAUCAGCUUCUUGUUCCAGUGAUCGCAUCUUCCUGACAAACCAUCAUCAUAUCAAUUACGAUUCCCUAUGGAUGAAUGCCGGUGCUGUUAAUCAUACUAGGCAAGUGGUCGCGCGACAGUUGUAUCUCUUAUAAAUACUCCACUCAUUGUGCCCCCAUUACAUUGCUGAAGUAUUCGAGUCGCGACGGCGCAAAUAUCAUGUGUGUGUGUGUGUGUGUGUGUGUGUGUGUGUGUGUGUGUGUGUGUGUGCCCUCAAAACGGGCCACGUGAUAGAUGCGCUGGACCAACACGGGGGCCACAUCGGACUUUGGCAGGCGUUAUCUGUGCGCAAUAACAAAUGCCAACAUUCCCGGGGUGCGCUGGCGGACCCUGUUGUCGGCAUUCGUCGCUCAACUGGACCACUGCCUCCACCCCAUUGUUUUUGUGGUCAAAAUCCUGGUCUUGGUGUGUGGACCAGGGGUGCGGAGUGGAGCGCCAAGGCGAAGAUCCGUCCGAGCCAUCCACCUGCGGCCUCCCCCGUCUCCGGUCUUCUUGACUCUGUCUUGACACCGGGCCCAGGCGGGGGAGGAGGAGAGAGUGUAGGUAGAUGCUACGCAAGUCUACUGGCACUAUAAACCCCUGCGUAAGUCACCGUCCCUGCUCCCACUUGCCUUGGGGCACACGGUGGACAUCGUCGAAAUCGACGGUCGAACUGUCGUGUGUGUGUGUGUGUGUGUGUGUGUGUGUGUGUAGGGGGGGGACCACGCUGUCUGUAGGCUGGCCGUGGCCGCAGACAAAAAACACACGGUCGAAACAGCCAAAAUCGAAACAACAACAACAACAAUCACUCUCUUCCUCUUCCAGCCUAUUCUUCUUCUUCUCCUACUCCUACUUUUCGCCGCCGCAGUCGCCAGACUGGCAGGGUGAGCCCGCUCACUCUGGCAGCCUGGAAUGUUCGUCCCCUUCUAGAAAAUCCGAGGAGCAACCGACCGGAACGGAGGACGGCGCUAGUGGCACGAGAACUGGCGCGGUACAAGGUGGACAGCGCCGCACUCAGCGAGACCCGAUUCUCCGAACAAGGCCAACUGGAGGAGGUGGGUGUCGGUUACACCGUCUUCUGGAGUGGUCGACCCAGGACAGCAACGUGACGCGGGUGUCGCCUUUGCCAUCCGGACCGACAUCGUGGGACGACUGCCCUGUCUGCCGCAGGAAAUCAACGAUCGCCUAAUGAGUCUCCGCUUGCCUCUCCGGCGAGGAGGCAAGUUCGCCACCAUCAUCAGCGCCUACGCUCCGCCGAUGAGCAGCCCCGACGCCGCCGCAAGAGACAAGUUCUACGAGGACCUGCACGCCCUCUUGGCGACUGUGUCGAAGGCGGACAAGUUGAUUGUCCUUGGUGACUUCAACGCCCGCGUCGGCACAGACCAUACUGCCUGGAGAGGAGUGCUGGGUCCCCAUGGUCUCCGCGGCUCCAACGACAAUGGUCUGCUGCUGCUCCGCACCUGCGCAGAACACCGCCUCAUCCUGACGAACACGCUCUUCUGUCUGCCGGAGCGAGAGAAGGCCACCUGGAGGCAUCCUCGGUCGCGUCAGUGGCACCUGCUGGACUAUGUCCUCGUCCGGAGGCGAGAUCAGCGGGACGUGCUGGUGACGAAGGCGAUCGCGGGUGCUGAUGGGUGGACCCACCAUCGCCUCGUCAUCUCGAAGAUGCGUAUUCGCCUUCAGCCUCGCAGGAGACCACAAGGUAAGCGACUCCCAGGUAAGCUGAAUGUUGCUUUGCUGUCUUUGCCCGCUCAUCAUCUUCAUUUCAGCAACGAGCUAGCUCAACGGCUAGACAACCUCCCCAUCGCCGAUGCCGCCGCUGCCGAGAACGCCUCCGAGGAGAACCGCUGGUGUCAACUGCGAGACACGGUUCAGUCGACGGCGCUCGCCGUCCUCGGUCGCGCUCCCCGCCAACACCAGGACUGGUUCGACGACAACGACGCCGAAAUCUGCUUGCUGAGAAGAACUGCCUACACUAAGCCUACGUAG